GCUCGGCGAGCUUCGAGCAGCGCAGUUUUUGUAUCGAUCCUACAUAUAUGCUCGGCAUAUCACGAGCCUAAAAUAUCUUUAUCAUUCCCACGGCGCGUGACUUGGCGAGCCACGAGCUUAUCCGAGCCGUUCAGAACUCCCUCUUUUUUGAGGAAAAUUAAGUUAUCAAAUUUCUCAGUUCAAAAUGGCUAGUGCUCGAGAUCAGACGCAAGUCGCUGCUUGCGCAGCUGCGUAUUUUGUGAUGGUAAGUGGCGAGUAUUUAAAAGAAAAAUUAACCCAAAAAGAAAAAAGAAAAUCCAAGGAAAGAAGAUACUGGAUGCAUGAUAUUUAUAAAAGCCGUACUAGAUACAAUGCAACGAAUUUAUUACAAGAUUUAAGACAAGGACCAUCAAAUAAAUUCCAAAACUUUUGUAGAAUGUCUGCCACAGAUUUUGAAUACCUUAUUCAAAAAAUUGGUCCAAUAAUAUCAAAAAAUGAUACAAACAUGAGAAAGUGCAUUCCUGUUCAAGAAAGGCUGGCUGUGACUUUAAGAUUUUUAGCUUCGGGUGAUAGCUUUAAGAGCUUAUCUUAUUUAUUUAGGUUUUCCGUUCAAACUGUUUCCAGAUGUGUACAAGAAGUUUGCAAGGCUUUAAAUGAGGAGUUAAAAUCUGAAAUCACGUUGCCAAAAAAUUCGAGUGAUUGGAAAAAAAUAUCAUUAGAAUUUAACGAAAAAUGGAAUUUUCCCAACUGUCUCGGGGCUAUUGACGGAAAACAUGUAGUUAUCCAAUGUCCUGUCGGUAGUGAAACGGAAUAUUAUAAUUAUAAAGGGACUUUUAGCAUUGUGCUCAUGGCUGUAGUAAACGCAAAUUAUGGUUUUACUUUUGUAGAUAUAGGCUGUCAGGGAAGGAUCAGCGACAGUGGUGUAUUUCGAAAUACAUCGUUUUUUAAAAAAUUGGAUGCAAAUGAUUUGUUAUUGCCAGAUGAAGGAAUACUUCUCAAUACAAAUGUGUCGCUACCGUAUGUAUUUGUGGUGGAUAAAGCUUUUGCUUUAAGCAAAAAUAUUAUGAAACCUUACUCGGGAGUACACGAAAAAGGAAAUCCUAAAAGAAUUUUCAACUACCGGCUUUCUCGAGCACGCCGAGUAGUUGAAAAUGUAUUCGGAAUUAUGACCUCAGUUUUCCGAGUAUUUAGAGGACCUAUACUUCUAGAGCCAGAAAAAGUAACUGAAAUUACUAUGACUUGCACGUUGUUACAUAAUUUCUUAAGAAGAAGUAAAUCGUCAAGUUCUAUAUACACACCCCCAGGCAUUUUCGAUAACGAAGAUAAUGAUGGAAUUAUAAUCCCAGGAUCUUGGAGGUCUGAACAAAAUAAUAUGAGGUCGAUGUUUCCAUUACAAACAGUGGCAAGAAAAUCCAGCCUCGAUGCAAAAACGGUUAGAGACCAGUUCUCUAAUUAUUUUGUGACCAGUGGAAAAGUGCCAUGGUAA